AUACAGAAUUUACGGAAUUUACGUGUGAUUUUAAAUUUUCCCGCGCACAAAGAGCGCUCGAGUGUCACAUUGAAAAAGGAGCGUGAUAGUUUCUACAUUGUGUGCGAAAAUGGCGCUCUUCUGUGCAAUUUCCAACGAGGUGCCUGAACAUCCCGUGGUCUCGCCGGUGUCAGGGUCCAUUUUCGAGCGGCGGCUUAUCGAAAAAUACAUAAUUGAAAAUGGAAUUGAUCCAAUCAAUGGAAAGGAGCUCACAGAGGACAUGCUCAUCGACAUAAAAUCCACACAAGUAGUUAAGCCGAAACCACCGUCGGCCACAAGCAUUCCGGCCAUCCUGAAAUCACUGCAGGACGAGUGGGACGCGGUCAUGCUGCACAGCUUCACACUGAGACAACAGCUUCAGACGGCAAGACAGGAGUUGAGUCACGCAUUGUAUCAACACGAUGCGGCGUGCCGAGUGAUCGCCCGACUCACGAAGGAAGUGUCUGCCGCCAGAGACGCUUUGGCAACACUGAAGCCCCAAACAGGAAUGGCUCCUGCCCCUGUUGGAGUGCAGCAACAGGUUUACGCCGCCGAAGCGUCUGGUGCAGCGGCACAGCCGCAAGAGCAAGCGGGCAUGACGCCAGAGGUCAUUCAAAAGCUGCUGGACAAGGCUCAGGUUCUGACGCAGGACCGCAAGCGACGCGGCAAGGUUGUUCCAGAAGACCUGGCCACGCCUGAAAACAUCAGGGCAUUCAGGACCCUGGCUUCUCAUCCAGGUAUUCACAGCGCCAGCAUGCCAGGCAUCUUGGCCCUGGACAUCCACAGCGGAGACUCGGCUAAAAUCCUCACUGGCGGCAAUGACAAAUGCGCCGCUGUCUUCAACAAGGACACUGAGCAGGUGGUUGCAAUCCUCAAAGGACACACCAAGAAGGUCACUAGAGUCAUCUAUCACUUUGAUGAGGACACGGUUCUUACUGCUUCUCCCGAUACGACAAUUCGUGUGUGGAACGUGCCAACGUCUCAAACAAUCCAACUCCUGCGCAUCCACGACGGUCCCGUGACUGGACUAUCGCUUCACCCGACUGGCGACUACGUGCUUUCGACCUCAAUUGAUCAGCACUGGGCCUUCUCUGACAUUCGCUCUGGACAACUAUUGACAAAGGUGACUGAUGACGGCUCAGAAGGCGCAGGAUUGACGACAGCCCAGUUCCACCCUGACGGUCUGAUUUUCGGCACGGGCACCACAACAUCGCAGGUGAAGAUCUGGGACGUGAAAGAGCAGUCAAAUGUGGCAAACUUCUCUGGCCACGCAGGCCCCAUCACGGCCAUCUCGUUCUCUGAAAACGGCUAUUACCUUGCCACGGCUGCUGAGGACGCGUGCGUCAAGCUUUGGGAUUUGCGCAAGCUGAAGAAUUUCAAGACAAUCCAGCUGGAGGAUGGCUAUGAAAUCAAGGAUCUGUGCUUCGACCAAAGUGGAACUUAUUUGGCCAUCGCCGGAACAGAUAUAAGGGUGUACCUCUGCAAGCAGUGGCAAGAUUUGAAAGUGUUCAAUGAUCACACAGCAAUGGCGACAGGCGUGCGAUUUGGCACAAAUGCGCAGUAUAUCGCCUCCACAUCCAUGGACCGCACACUUAAAUUGUAUGGAAUGUAAUUAAUUCCGAAUUUUUCAUUUUGCUGUUCCAUUUUGUCUCUUCGCCAGCCACAAAUAAACUACAUUAGAAUAUUAAGGAAACAA